CUAUGUUUCUUUCCCUUAAUAUGAUCAUUUUAAUCCUAUAUUGAAACAUACGGAUUGCAUAGUCCCUACCAAUCUGUGUACGCAUAACCGUUUUUUCUCCCCAUUUCUUUCUCUUCCGAAUUUUCUGUCUUUCAGUUACGAUCGUCUCUUUGCUUUUCCCUUUUUUUACGCUGCUGAUUAUUAUCUCCUGUUUUCACUGUGUGUUUCUUGUAUCCAACCAAACACUUAUGCCAUAUCUCAUCUUUUCUCUGUCUAUCAUAAUUUACAACCAAACACAUUUCGUGAGGUGAAGUCCUGCAAUUGUUCUGUUAUCCAUAUGGAUUCCAUUGUUAUGAUUAUGCUGAAGUUGGGUGGAAGUUGGACCAAUGACUAUAGCUUCAAGUCUUCAACAGUAGCCUCACCUUUGGUAUUCAAGUGCGUGCUUUACUCGUCUACAUACAAAGACUUUAUAGAGCAACUAUCUUCCAUAUUAAGUGAUUCUUACAAUGGAAUAAAUCACUUCAAGUUAUCUUAUAUGGUUGAUGGUUGCCCUCCACCUGUGUAUAUCAAUGAUGAAGCCACUUUUUGUUUUUUCCUCAACCUUAAGGUUCUCCAGACUAAUUUCAGCAAGUACCCAUUGUGUUUGAAUUCUCAAUUGAUGGUUAUAAUCC